AUGGCAUUGCCUGCAACCAUGAAGGUUUUAGGACUUGUCGUUGGGAUUGCCAUGAUCAUCUUUAUGGCAUUCUUGGCAGAGGCUUCCUUUGAGUUGUUGCUUAGGAAUAGUAGGACUGCAAAAUCAGUUUCUUAUGCCAGGUCUUAUGGGGGAUGCAAUCAGAAAGUAUGGCAGGAUGUUGAUACUGCUGUUGGAGUUCAUCAUGCUGGUGUUCUUGAAGCUUGGAUUGGACAGCACUGGUGGAAUGGAAGAUUUUUUAUUCUUCUCUUCACUACCCUGAAUCUGGGAAUUGGUUGGUUGAAGUUAUCUGAGAGGCUUACCUGCAGUGGGAGUAUUCAUCUUCUGAGUUAUACAAUGAUUGAUCCCCCAGAUGGCUGA